UUUUGAAAAAUCAGCUGAUUACAAGAUCAAUUAGGGUUAUAGAGCAGCAUAGAUCUGCAAUUAAAGUGAAAAUAAUCAUUUAAAUCAUUAAGUAUCCUAAUUAUCGGAUAUGUUAAGACCAAUUUUUAAUCACACAUUAAAUCGUGCUUACGCAACGGCGCAAAGACUACCGUCCCACGUACGUAUAGUCGAGGUCGGACCGCGGGAUGGUUUACAAAAUGAAAAAAAACUAUUACCGGCUGAUGUGAAAAUAUCAUUUAUCGACCAGUUAUCAGAAACGGGCCUACAAACCAUUGAGGUAACCAGUUUCGUGAGUCCUAAGUGGGUGCCGCAAAUGGCUGAUAAUGCUGAAGUUUAUAGUGGUAUAAAAAAAUGCCCGGGUAUUGCCUAUCCUGUGCUAACACCUAACGUAAAAGGCCUGGAAAGUGCUAUGAAGAUUGGUGCUAAGGAAAUUGCCGUUUUCGGAGCGGCAUCCGAUGCAUUCUCAUUGAAAAAUGUCAAUUGCACUGCGGCCGAAAGCAUUGAACGUUUCCGUCCCGUUUUGGAAAUUGCUCAUAAAAAUGAUAUCAAAGUACGUGGUUACGUAUCAACCGUCGUUGGUUGUCCGUAUCAAGGUCCAAUCAAGCCGGUGGAAGUAAGAAAGGUUGUGGAGGCUCUUUAUGACAUGGGGUGUUAUGAAAUUUCCCUAGGGGAUACGAUAGGCGUUGGCACACCCGGAACUAUAAGCAAAAUGUUAGAUGAAGUGGUGCGCGUAGUGCCACCAGAAAAACUCGCUGUUCACUUUCAUGAUACGUACGGCCAAGCUUUGGCUAAUGUCUUAACUUCUCUUAACUACGGCAUUGCUGUGGUCGAUUCUUCCGUUUCUGGUUUAGGUGGUUGUCCUUAUGCGCGCGGUGCGUCGGGUAAUGCGGCUACCGAAGAUAUUAUUUAUAUGCUCCAUGGCAUGGGUAUAGAAACUGGUGUCAAUCUAGAAAAAUUAGUUUUAGUAGGACGUUUUAUAUGCCAGAAGUUGGGCCGGAUGUCCGAAUCGAAAGUCAAUCGCGCUUGGAAAGAACCCCAAAGUCCGAAAUGUGAUAAUCAACAAUAAACGAAUUUUAAGAAAAGGAUCUCGAAAGCAUUUUUUCUACCAAAAAAUAAGUAGUAACAUAAAUCUGUAUACAAUAUGUUAUAUGAUAUAUUCUUAUAUAUGUUAUAUUAAUUUUAAGAAAGAAAGCUUUACUAACCUAAGAACGAAAUCUGUAUAUAUGUAAA